AUGCUGCGACGGGCUGUUGCUCGGCAUAGCAGUGCGCUACCCUCGGCAUCUCUUCUUCAGCCAGUGCGGGGCAUCACGGUGCCACAAUUAAACAGACUCGCCCUCGCAGCACAGCUUUCAGACCCACACUCGCCGCCUCACGCUUAUCGUCUUCACACUUCUGCGCGGUGCAACGCUCAAGGACCUGGCGGGCCUGGCGGUGGCGGAGGCUUCCCUGGCAUGCGAAUGCAAGGUCAGCAAGCGCCUCAACCUGGCGAAACGCUAAAGCAGUACAGUCAAGACCUUACCGAGCUGGCACGUCAAGGCAGCCUGGAUCCCGUCAUUGGUAGAGAUGCCGAGAUCAGACGCACCAUUGAGAUUCUGAGUCGAAGGACGAAGAGUAAUCCCGUACUGCUAGGGCCGGCUGGUGUUGGAAAGACGGCCGUAGCAGAAGGAUUGGCUCAGAGGUUGGUGAACAAGGAUGUGCCCGAAUCUUUGCAGGGCAAAAGAGUGCUCGCUUUGGACCUAGCUGCGCUCCUUGCAGGCGCAAGCUAUCGCGGCGCAUUUGAAGAGAGGCUCAAAGGCGUUCUUGCAGAUGUGGAGCACGAGCAAGGAAAGAUCAUCCUCUUUGUCGAUGAGCUUCACAUGCUCCUCGGUCUAGGCAAGGCAGAAGGUGCUUUGGACGCGGCCAACAUCCUCAAGCCUGCUCUUGCCCGCGGAUCAGUGCAGCUUGCUGGUGCGACUACUUUCAACGAGUACAGACAGUCCAUCGAAAAGGAUGCGGCACUGGCUCGUCGAUUUCAACCGGUGCACGUCAACGAGCCGUCGGUGCCAGAGGCCAUCUCUAUCCUUCGAGGUCUGCGUAGCCGGUACGAGGCACACCACGGCGUCAGCUUGUCUGAUGCUGCUCUAGUAAGCGCCGCCCAGCUGGCCCACCGAUACUUGGGAGAGCGCAAACUACCAGACUCGGCCAUCGACCUCAUAGACGAGGCAAGCUCUGCGUUGCGCUUGAUGCAGGAAAGCAAACCAGAGGCGAUAGAGAAGCUCGAUCGUCAAGUGCUCAGUUUGGAAAUCGAGCUCGAGUCUUUGAAAAGAGAGACGGACGCGUUCAGUCGCGAGAGGAGGGAGAAGUUGACGAGGGAGCUGGAAGAUGUGAGAGCCGAGGCGGAACGUUUGACAAACAAGUGGAAAGUCGCAAGGGAGAGGCUGAACGCGAUUAAGCGGACAAAGGCGGACAUCGAAGAGGCCAAGAUCGAGCUCGAGCAAGCUAUGCGGGCCGGGGAUUACGAACGCAGCGCCAAGUUGCGCUUCGCUAGACUUCCGGACCUGCAAAGACAAUUGGCCGAAUUUGAGGCGGCAGAGGAGGAACGUCGCAAUGCACACAGUGGAGUGACUUCGGGGGCGGAAGAAGAAGAAGCCGACUUGGCUGUCCACGAGCGCGUAGAAGCGGACGACAUCGCAAAUGUAGUUGCCAGGAUGACGGGCGUGCCUCUGAGAAGCCUGCUCAAGGGCGAACGAGAAAGACUGCUGCGACUCGAAGAUGAAUUGAGAAAGCGCAUCUUGGGUCAAGACGAGGCGCUCAAUGCCAUUGGAGAAGCUGUCAGGUUAUCAAGAGCGGGCUUGCAAAACGAAAGGAGACCGCUUGCCAGCUUCCUUUUUGCUGGUUCGACGGGUACCGGAAAGGUGAGUCUAGAGAUGGUCUUCCUGCUUUCUAUCGCACCGCUGACUCCCUCUCCACUUUACAGACCGAAACAUGUCGCGCGCUCGCCUCGUACCUCUUCGACGAUGCUGAUCGGGUCAUCCAAAUUAAUUGCUCGGAGCUAGGAGAACAACAUAGCGGUGCUCGAUUGAUCGGCGCACCUCCUGGAUAUGUCGGCCACGAGGAAGCGGGCCAAUUGACUGAAGCGGUCCGUCGUCACCCCUACUCGCUUGUCCUCUUCGACGAGAUCGAAAAGGCUUCGCGACCCGUGCAGAUGCUGCUGCUUCAAGCGCUCGAGGAAGGAAGUCUGACCGACUCUCAAGGACGAAAAGUGGAUUUCAGAAACACCAUCAUUGUGCUCACUUCCAAUCUUGGUGCAGAAGUGCUGUACGAACCCAAUUCUGUCGAUGCUGCGACUGGACAAAUCACUGAGACUGCUCGUUCUGGAGUGUUAAGGGCCAUCGCCAAUGCGCUACCUCCAGAGCUAAUCAAUAGGCUGGACGAUCAGCUCAUCUUCAAUCGACUCUCACGCAGUAGUCUACGUGGCAUCGUAGAUGUUCGACUGGAAGAGAUUCAGAAGAGGCUUUCUUCCAAGCGCAUCACUCUCGAGGUGGACGAAGCGGCCAAGGAAUGGUUAGCGCAAAAAGGCUACGAUCCAGCUUAUGGUGCACGACCGCUCAACAGGACGAUUCAGAGAUACCUAUUGAGCCCGCUCUCCAAAACGCUCAUCAAGGGCGAUAUUGCACCUGGCUGCGUCGUGCCUAUUGGAGUUUCAGGGUCAGAGCUCUUCAUUGGAGCUGCGAUACUUGCAAGUGGACCCGCAGCUGCGUCAGCUCAGUCGCCCAUCGAUUUGCAAGAGGGUCAAACGGCAACGGACGACAAAUCUUCGCGCACAUCGCCGGAAAUCGUUGAUGGCGAACCGGUCGCGCCAAGGCGCAGGCCGUCGGACUGA